GUACAAAGGCUUAAAUCUCAGUUACCCCUGCCAUUAUGUUCGUCUAGUUUUAUUCAUUCAGUAUAGUUCAUUCAGUAUAGGACGCAGUACACAGUUUGAAAUUCAAGAUAACAUAGAAAUAUACAGAAUAUACAGAGGAAGUACAAAAUGCCGCCCGUUUUGAGAGAGCGAAAAGUGAUUCGAUCAACCCCAGGUCGAGGCACUCGAAACGGAUUUAGGAACUUCGUGGCCUGCUUCAAGCAGGAGAACGAUUGGAUACAAAACGGUCAGCUUGAGGAAUUGGCCAGUGAAACAUGGGCCAACUUUAACAAACAACAGCGCCGCGAAUUCUCUUACGAAAGGUACAAAAUUGACAUGGCCCACAAGUUGGAUAUGGCCACUAUUGAGCAGGUUUCGGAAGGGCCCUUCAAAUUGAGGAACUUGGACGCUACAGACUUAGAGGUUCUUGAGAGUCCUAGGAGCUUGGAUUAUUCGAGUUGUUCGAAUUUCACCAUCCAGGCGGAAGUUCACAUUUCCUCGGAGAACGCUAGUGGGCAAGCUAGUGUUUCAAAUUCGAAUAAUGCAAGGAGGGAUAUAGUUGUCUCAGAUACUAUAGAGGAAUCCGAAUUGGAAGGUCCUUCGAUUUCCGAAAUUAAUGAAAUGUGCACCUCUACCGUGUCCGUGAACAGUACGCCUUUUGCCAACUUUCUGCAGGACUUCUCUCUAGUCCAUGGCAACUCACCCAAGGAUAAUCUCGAGGAAGCAACUAAGAAAUGGGCUAAAAUGACUCUGAAGAAAAAAGAAGCCUAUAAACCAGAAAAGUACGUUCUGAAGUUACUGUCGCAAGUGGAUAAUUGUAAUGACCUUAAUGGGAUUGAUCAGCAAACAGAUGCCGAGGAACUCAGUGAUGUUGAGGAGCCCCGAAAAAAGACCAAGCGAGCAAAGAAGGUUCCAAAGAAACCGGUGAAGCGGUUGAAUAAGAGGGCUGGUGGCGGGUUAGUACCCGCCGCAAACUCUCCCAAAAAGCGGGGACGUCCCACGACUGCCCCUGCAGUCCAGAUUAGUCGCCCAACGGUACCGGCCCGCCGGAGCAGCAGCCUAUGGACCUUCAAAAACUUCAUCCGCGAAUUCCGGCACAGUAACCCCCACCGAUUGACCGUGGAGGGCGCAUCCUUAUGGCGCAAAAUGACCCCUCAGGAAAGGGAAUCCUAUCGCGUCCCCAAAAAUAAUGCUUCACGAGACUCGCCGAUUCCCGAGGUUUCUGAAAGUACUGAGGACACUGAGCCAGUGCAGCAGGUUUCAGAUGGCCAACUCGUACCGUGGACGCCUGUACAGAGCUCGCAGUCAGGAGAAAAGCGCAAUUGGCUGGAUUUCCUAAAAAUUUCGAAGGCUGUCGAAAAAGUAAAGGGCUUCUUUGGUUAACGAUUCACUUUUCCAAAUUUCAAAUGUAUAAUGCCAAAGAAAAAAAAUUUUUUUGUUUAAAAUCUGUUAGAAUAAAAACAAAUCAAAUGUU